GGACUUAGUUUAGACAGAGUAGUUCUUUAUAUAAGUAGAAGCUGUAAUUAUACACUAGGGCUUAUGUAUGUAGUAGUGUUGCAGGUUAAAUCUUUUAAAGGGCUUAUGUUUAACAAACUUUUCUUUUUUAGUUGCUUAAAAAAUUCUUACUUUACUAUAAUUAGCAAGCAAAAUGCUAAUAUAAGUUAG